AUGGAAGAAGAAGCAGCAAAUACGUUCGUGGAAGCUGAUCAAGAACUUGAUGAUGAUCUUGAACCAACCAUUGACUUCAAGUUCCUGACAUCCUUCUUGGAGUCUGAUGAUGAUGAAGCACUUGAUGAUGAUCAUGAACCAACCAUUGACUACAAGCGACUCACGUCCUUCUUGAAGUUUGAUGACUCCUUCUUGACGCCAUGGAAUUGGAACCCUAACCCUAAUGCCUCUGCCUGUGACGACAAUACAUCAAGUGUGGAGACAAAGCAAGAAUGCAUCAUGUUCCAACCUGGUUCAUUCUUUCGUGACGAGGAGGGCGGUGAAGAAGACACAGAAGCCUUCAAGAUCAUCAAAGAUAUUUGCUUGAUCAAGAUCAUCGGAGCUAUUUGCUUGAUCAAGAUCAUCAGUACUACAAUGAGUAAACUGAAAGGAGUUUAA